AUGGGGGGGCUGACCAGGAACCCAGCUUCCUGCUCAGUACCCAGGCAUCUAGCCCCUGGCUCACCCCCACCCCUUCCAGCCCCCACUCCCCUCAGGAACCUAGGGUUCCAGCCCUCCUACCAAAUCCCAGCUACCCCUCCCCCCAUCAGUUUCUCCGCCCCAAGGGGAUGGAGGCCGAGAGACCCCAGGAAGAAGAGGAAGGUGACCAGGGUCAGGGCCCCCAUCAGGAUGAGCUUGACUGGCCCCCUGUGAACACCACCGCUCGGCCGUGGCGAUCUGCUCCUCCAUCCCCUCCUCCUCCAGGAACCUGCCACACAGCCCUGGGGCCCCGCUCCGCCUCCCUGCUUUCCCUACAGACUGAGCUCCUUCUGGAUUUGGUGGCUGAGGCCCAGUCCCGCCACCUAGAGGAGCAGAGAGCCACCUUCCACAUCCCCCAGAACCUCCCAAGCAUAGCCCCAGCCCCACUCCGGCCUCUUGAGGACAGAGAACAGCUCUACAGCACUAUCCUCAGUCACCAGUGCCAGCGGUUGGAAGCCCAGCGGUCAGAGCCUCCCCUACCCCCAGGGGGACAGGAGCUCCUGGAGUUGCUGCUGAGAGUUCAGGGUGGGGGUCGAAUGGAGGAGCAAAGGUCCCAGCCCCCCACACAUACCUGCUGAGACUUGAGCCCACCCC